CAUUGGAAAGACUGGGGUUUGCGUGGGCUUCAAGAUUUGGAAACCUUCUCUGAUAAGUCGGCGAUUGCGACUGUCACCACCGUUGAUUUCUCACUCGGCCGUUGCUUUCUCACUCACUAUCUCUGGUAAAUUUCUCGAUUUUUCUUUGAUUGUUGAUCACUGAUCAGUUUUAUUCGCUUGGCUUGUUUUGGUUUGUUGCGGAUAUUGCGAAUUUCUCUGAUUUGGAAACCUUCUCUCUGAUUUCUCGGCGAUUGCGACUGUCGCCACCGCCGCGUCUCCCUCCGCCUUUGCUUUUUCACUCAGGUCUGUUUUGGUUGUGCCAAAUCUGAAAUCAUGCCGCAGCGAAGAAGUUUGAAUAUGUGCCACCCUGACGGUACCCCAUGGGUAGCAAACUUGAUCAUCGGAGACACUAUCACAAACUUACAAAAUUUGGCUGAUGAACACCCAGAUGUUGGACAUGCGCUUCGAGCCUCGCGGGUGAACUUUUUGACGGAAUCUGUCACUUGACUUCUCUUUGUCAAAGCCUCACAAGGUCAUUUACCCAUUUCUCCAACAACACCGGGGAUAAACCAAGAGGGCCUCUUCUUCGUAGUUUCUCAUGCAUAAUCAGAUGGAACACAUUACGAGAUUCUGAAUAAAGGUCGUUACACACAAUCAGGACGUCCUUUUGGUGAAUUCAAUUUCACAGAGGCGAACCUUAAGGAUAAACGGAGUAAGUUGUUGUACACCCGCAGAAACAUACGGCUCCGACAUCAAUUCAACAUACUCGCUUGUAUCCACUAUCUUAGAGUACAUGAAAAUCCACAUGCAAAGGUUAUUGCGGAGAAGAGGAAUCAUCUUGAAGCUGAUUCUCACGAGGAGUAUGCUGCAUUGGAGUAUGAUUCAGACGAGAAUCUGGUUACAAAAAGAGGGACCCGUGAUAACAGUUCAUCACUUAAUGAUUCUGAUUCAUGCGUGGAGGCUAAUUCAGACGAAACUUCACUUAGCCAGGAGAACAGUUCACUGAAGAAGGAUUCUGAUUCAUACGAGGAACCCGCCCCUGCAGCGACGAAACCUGCAGUUGUCAAGAAAGAUAGUUCAUCUGAGGAUGAACCUUCUUCAGCCGAGGAACCUGCCCCUGCAAAGAAGCAAAAGCAACCUGCAGUUUUUAACAAAGACAGCUCAUCCGAGGAUGAAUCUUCUUCAGAUGAGGAAACUGCCCCUAUGAAGAAGGUACCAUCAGUUCCUAAAAAGGCCGAGGCAGACAGCAGUUCAUCUGAUGAUGGAUCUUCAUCUGACGAGGUUGAAGCCGCACCACCUGCUUUAAUGACAAAGCCACUCAAGAAAGGUAAGAGAGAUGCGGAAAAGGAUUUGGACAUCCAAGUUUCGAAGAAGCAGAAGAAAUACUUGAUUGCUACUGUUCAUAAGGAGAAAGCUGCGAAGAAGAUACCAAAGAAGGUAGAAACUUGCAGUUCUAACUCAUCUGAUUCUGAGGAAGAGCAGAAGACUAAGAAGACUACUAAGAAAGUCACUGCGAAGGAACCUCCAUCUAAGCUGAAGGAUGAAUCUUCUUCCGAAGAGGAUGAUGAUUCUUCUUCGGAUGAGGAACCUGCCCCUGCGAAGAAGCAACCUGAAGCUCUUAAGAAAGACAAGGUAGAGAGCAGCUCAUCGGACGAUGAUUCUUCUUCAGACAAGGAAACCGCCCCUGUGAAGAAGCAAACAUCAAAAGCUCUUAAGAAUUCAAAGGUCGAGAGCAGCUCAUCAGAGGAUGAUUCUUCUUCAGACGAGGAACCUGCCCCUGCAAAGAAGCAACCUGUUAAGAAAGACAGCUCAUCCGAGGAUGAUUCUUCUUCAGAUGAGGAAACUGCCCCUGUGAAGAAGGUAUUACCGUCAGUUACUAAGAAGGCCAAGGCAGACAGCAGUUCAUCUGAUGAUGGAUCUUCAUCUGACGAGGAACCUGCCCCUGCAAAGAAGCAACCAGCAGGUGUUGAAAAACCCAAGGCAGAAAGCGGAUCAUCUGAGGACGAAACAUCUUCAGACGAGGAAUCUGCCCCUGUGAAGAAGCAACCAGAACCUCUUAAGAAAGACAAGGCAGAGAGCAGCUCAUCAGAGGUUGAUUCUUCUUCAGACGGGGAACCUGCCCCUGCAAAGAAGCAACCUGUUAAGAAAGUCAGCUCAUCCGAGGAUGAAUCUUCUUCAGAUGAGGAAACUGCCCCAGUUAAGAAUGUCAUGGCAAACAGUAGUUCAUCUGAUGAUGGAUCUUCAUCUGACGAAGAACCCUCCCCUGCAAAGAAGCAACCAACAGUUGUUGAAAAGCCCAAGGCAGAAAGCGGCUCCUCUGAGAACGAAUCUUCUUCAGACGAGGAAUCUUCCCCUGUGAAGCUGCAACCUGCAGUCCUUAAGAAUGCCAAAGCAGUGAGCAGUUCAUCAGAAAAAGAAUCUUCUUCGGACAAGGAACCCACAUCUACCAAGAAGCAGCCAACAGUUGUCAAGAAUGUCAAACCAGCUGCAAAAGACUCAUCAUCCUCAGAGGAACAUUCUGACGAUAAGGAAAGCAAUGAUGAAAAACCUCCUACGAAGAAGGCUAAAGUUUCAUCAACAAAAACUUCUAAACAAGAAAGCUCUAGUGAGGAAUCUGAUGAGGAGGAGAGUAAAGAUGAAAAAGUGACCCGAAAGAAAAAGGAUUCUGAUAUUGAAAUGGUGAAUGCAGAGCAGAAAUCAAAUGCAAAACAGCCAAAGAAGCAAGGAGGAUCAAAGACGCUUUUUGCUUAUAAUCUUUCCUUCAGAAUUAAUAGAUCUGACAUAGAGGAUUUCUUCAAAGAAGCUGGUGAAGUUGUCGAUGUUAGAAUUGCUUCACGUGAAGAUGGUACUUUAAAGGGAUUUGGGCAUGUUGAAUUUGCUUCUGCAGAUGCAGCUCAUAAGGCAUUGCAACUGAACGGUAAAUCAUUACUAGGCCGUAUAGUUUAUCUUGAUCUUGCUUGCGAGAGGGUUGUAUACAAUACUCCACGAAGAAGCAAUGCUGGUGACAACUACCAGAGUGGCGGCAUAAGAGGAGGAAUCCGGGGUCAAAGGAUUUUUGUUAAAGGAUUUUAUUCUUCUCUUGACGAAACUGAAAUCAGGCGUGCCUUGAGAACUCAUUUUAGUACUUGUGGAGAAGUGGCAUGGAUUUCUAUUCCAACAGAUCGUGAGACUGGUGCUAUCAAGGGGAUUGCUUUCAUAGAUUUGAAGGAUGGAUUUACAAAGGCGUUGCAACUGAAUGGAAGUGAAAUUAGAGGAUGGAAAAUUGUGGUGCAAGAGGCUAGACCGAGAGGAGAGACUGGUGAUGGUAGUGAUGGUCGUUUCUCAGCAAACCAUGUUUGAUUGCAUGCAUCAGCCCAAGGGAAGAAGGCCGUCUUUAUUGGUGAUGAGUAGAAAGUCUUCUGUUGAAGAGGGCUCUUGUUUUUCUUCUAUCCCUUGUAGCUUUUCUGGCCUAGAUUUUUUUUUUGUUUUCUGUUAGUUGAGAGUUAACUCUUCCUUAAGAGAGCCAAGAUUUAUGUUGGUUAACUUGGCUAAGAGUGCUCUUCUGCUGAAAAUUUGAAGAAAUCCCUUAUAUUCAAUAGUGGUUCAUUACUGCCAGCCCUGGUCUUUGUAUGUAGACUCUCUUUGAACUUUGAAUGAUUAGUAACAACAUUUAGUUGCUGCUAUUCGUA